UGCAGUACUAUAACGCUGCAUAGUCCUGUGCGAUGAUAUUGGUGUUGCUCCUUAAGCCUCAACGCCUUGAUUAUCGGAGCCGGCACCGACUUUCGUCGGCGUUGACAAGCCCUGCCGUCAAGGCCCAUGUGUAUCUUAGCACAGACAAAACCCCUCUUAUAACUAGAUGGUUCCCUUUACUGUUCGAAAACACGAAUACCUCGAUUCAAGAAAAGGCCCGCAUAAUCCUAGGCAGUUUGUGCCAGAGUGCAGUGGACAGGAAACACGCCGCCAGUCUGGAGGAUUACGGUGUUGGCCCUGGUCUAGCCAAACGCGACAACCAACAAACGGCCCACAAAGAAUACAGCCCAUUUCACUCAGCUCCCACCACUUAUGCUCAAAUCGUCUUGGGUCAGGUCACCGAAUUUCCGCAGUACAUUGAUCCGCUUUGGCCGAGUUGCCAAGCAUCAAGGGACAUAGUAUUUGAUCCAUCUCCUCUAACAAAGGCUACAUCUUCAUCAUGUAUCACAGGUGUUGGAAACUGGAUGCAGAUCGAAAAGCGUUCAAGCCCAGAAGGAGCAUAUGCUGGCACUCUUGGUCAGCGCGCGCUUCGGAAGAUUCAUAUCCUUGUUCAUGAGUCCUCCACUUCUCUUCAAACGUUCUCUUUCAUCCUUCCUCGACAAGAUGUGGACUAAAGCUGCAGUGUACUUGGAUUUGAUACGACCAUAUAGUCCGUCGGGGUAACUCUGACUGGGGCAUUAGUGAUUUCAAGAGCAUUACUGCAAGAGUGAUCUGACAGAUCGAAACCAACACUAUCACAGCCAGCGUCUGUAGUUGCUGAUGAAGUGGGUGUAGAAUCAAUUGAUUCACAAACGCAAGCCUUCGUCAGGAUUGGACUCCAACCAAAACUAACCGACACUCCUUGGCGGUCUCCAUAUCUAGGGAGUAAGGGCUCUCUUACAGCUAUUAGGAUCUUGAUAGGAUGUGAGAGCUUCUAUCAGAGCGAAAGAUGGCUGCAGCAUCGUGCGAAGUGCAAUGUCCGAGAAGGAGCCAGGGUACUAUCUAAUACGGAUCCCUGAAGUCCUUUUGUUGCUGUUGUAUCGAUACAACUGAGGCAUAAAAUCUCCACAGAGUCCACGAAAGGUCUUCACCUAUGGUGUUUUACCUGUUUCAAAGCCGUUUCACGUACCGAAAAGGAUCAUUGAAAGAACGAAAGCUUGCGUUGGGCAAAGCUAUCACAACCACAGCAAAUUGGCAUUGGCGGAGUUUGUCUGCAUUAUCGUCACCGCUAGACCGUUGAGGGGUUGCGGGGAGGGUAUGGUGGAGAUGGAUCAGAACCGCUGCCAAUAUCGAGCCUCAUUUUCGUUCAUCCUUCAAGAUUCCAGGACUUCCCUUGCAACAAGAUGUGGAAAUUGCAACAAGGCAUGCUUUUCAGCCUGAAAGUUAAUCGGUGGGGCGCGGACCCGAGUCUCCGGCUUGCUUUGUCUUCAGCAUUAUCCGUCAAUCUGGUCCCAGGCUUUUGUGGUAGAGCAAAGUGAGAUAACUAUGCCUGUAUGCCAUGCUACCAACAGUCCCAUAUGGUUGUCUGAGGGAACGGUUGUGCCUCUAUCUCACUACAUUUCACAACUUUCUUUAUGGGUAUGGAGUUCCGACCUGGGCUAAGAUUUACGGGCUUAUGGCAGUCGUUUUAAUACAUACCUAAGACAUGUCGUAAAGGCGUCGACGCACCUCUGACACGCUGAGACUCGAUCUAGCUCAGUGAGGCCAAAAUGGUAUAAUCAAGCAAUUUCUUUUGCCAGUUACAGUUACCUGUUGAUCCCUGCUUGACAGCUUCGUGACUCUUCUAGGCCAAGUACAGCAUCCAUUUGUGCUUACUUUUACUACGAGUCAGCGUGUCGGCACGACAGGGAAGCCAGGAAUGGAUGCUCUGGAUGAAAGCAGAAGUAUCUCCGACCAGCCUCAUGGCGAUCAAUGCAGCGAGGAUUUUCUGGUGGUCACAGCCGCCAUGAGGAACACCAGGAUCAGACGGGAAUUGACCCACCUCUUCAACAAACUACCUGGUAACUCCGGGACUUACUUGUGAUGAUCAAAGACAACAACAUUAUGUACGCUGCUUGACAGCGCACAGUGUUGCAGUCAAAACAAAGCAUGAAUUCCCAGAGGAGCGCGCUUAUGUUGGCCAAUAAACUCGUAGAAACGAGGGCUCUUCAUCAGGGUUGAGCAGAGUAAUCCUCACUUCUUAUUCGAUACAUGUACCCCAGUAUAGCUGAAGUGAGACCGUUGGCAGUUGACACAUUUACUGUCAAGUGUCUUUCUUGUUGGUGGCACCAAGGUUCAACGACGGUACGACCAAGACAGUCAAAGAGGGUCCCUGGCGUCGACAGGUUUUGGUGGGAAACGGCUGAACCGUUCCGCUGGUGACCCUGCUCGGUAUUUCUUUCUCUCCGACCAACUCAGAUCCUCCGAGGAGGCUGCAGCAUUCAAGUGCUGCGAAACAUUUGUCUAUGGUUGGCCGACACACGUAAUCCAUGAUCGGCGGCGCGUCGCAAUUAGCAUGGCAUCUUUCACAGUAGUGUCUCCUCCUUCGUUAUCAGAUCAGGGAGGAGGUAUGUCUUGUAUCCUUGGAAGAACGGUACAUAUCACUCAUGCUAUGUGUACGAUGAUAUCAAACUACAUCGGAUAGGCGGGACGACUAAACGCAUAGCAGCUGUGCUGAACGGCUACGCAUUCCGGAUCCCGUGGAGAAGACGUGUUGUCAAAAUGCGUCCCUAAGUUACAGGGGAACACGACCCUGUCUCUUUGCAUAAAAGAGUGGAUGUGAUGGGUGCUUGCUUGCUAGCUUCUCACGUUUCCAACCCUACCAUUCCAGUCCAGCACGAGGCAACCUGGCCUAGCAGAGUUUUAUAUCGCGACAUCCAUGGCAUUGAGAGAGCUCAAGCAAGGGGAUUAGUUUGAGACUCUGAAUAUCCCGGUCGUAAUUUAAACCGGAACGAUGCGAUAGGUGCGCUCUGGGAGGGGUUUCCAAUGAAUCGGAGGCCCGUGGCCGCCGAAGGAGUACAUCAGUGAGUAGUUGGAGAUUCAGCAUCCUGGACCUAUCAUGACACUUGAGGGGAAAUGAAAACUCGAAACAAACCUAAAUCACUAGUCGACCCUACAGUGUGGGCUCACAUACGUACGUACAUACACAUACAUACAGCAAAGGCCACCACAACUUGGCCGACAACAACAAAGAUCUGCAAAUACUCAGUCAAGAACAAGACCGAUCAAUGUCGGACUAGCACAUCGACGUCCACUUCAGCCCUCAGAUCCUUGGUUCCCCUCUAUUGCACAGCUCGUGCAAGAGGCGCUUUGCUGUGCAUGCACCUCUGAGGUUAACUCAACUCAACCCAACCUGCCAACUCAACUCAAGCCUCCCUCCCUAGUGUUUAGCGCAGUCCCCUCACCUCAACGGCAAAUGACGGAUUUGAUCCCACGCCUGCAGGGCUAUCUUACCGCUGCAGGUCGCGAUUCAGCCCUCGCCCAGCGGCUGAGCAAUCUGACAACUAUGCUUUCAGGUAUACGCAUCCGUGAUGGAGUGGUUGCCACUAGGCACUUUGUGUGCAACCUAGACGCCGUGUCGCUCAUACUUCUCACCGUCACCCUCGUCGCUUUCCUCGUCCCCGUCUUGAUCCUCUUCCCUCCCGUUCCCGUGGAUUGCAGCGAUGUCCUCCGGCAGACCCACUCGCGGGCCGGCGUGGCCCUCCGAGACAUGGGCAUCGGCCCUGGCAGAUCAUCCGAUCGCCGGCUCCCCGGGGCAGAGUCGGAAGGGAAGGCGGCUGUUGCACACAGUCCACGUAUUUUCCCUGUUCAGUCAUGUCGUGGAAUUGAGCUAGAGCGUGACGGUGCCUCGUUCAAGCACUUGGAGUUUGAUCGCUUGUACACGCUUGCUCGACGGGACUCGGAAGUCGGUCAGAAAGAUGUUUGGCAAGCCAUCUCACGCGAACACUUCCCGUUGCUAGCCAACAUCGAAGUCGACCUCUGGAUUCCAGAUCCAAACAAGACUAGUCGUCUGUUGGGCCAUAUUGAAGGUUCCUUUCUUGUCUUGAGAUUCCCCUGGUCGGAUUCAGGACUACAGGGUAUUCUGCAACAAGUCACAGCCAAAAUUAGCCACGGCUUGAAAGCCAGACCUGAGAAGGAAUUCUUGUUGCCAGUGUCGUUCCCGAACGAGGAAGAAAUUCGAGGAAGAGGUUAUUCCUUCGCCGAAGUCACGAUCGGCGGAGAAAAUACUCUGGGACUGAACAUGGAUGUCGAACUUCCUGCCGAGCUGGCUCGGUAUCUUGGAGCUGAACAACACAUUGGGAUCUUCAGGGUAGAUCAACCGUAAAGCAUGAGAGGUCUGGAGCAAGUUGACCAACAUAUCGACAAAUUGAAUAGUAUCUAUCAUAAUUUCUUAUGUCUAGGGUAUUCUGCUCCUGGAGAAAGAGUUGCCUAACAUGAAACAUCAUUUGAGGAGGCACAAAUCAGAUCAAUAUUCACAAUCAUGUCACGCAAUCAACCUAUCUUAGGGACAAUGAAGCACUUUCGAAGCAAUUCAUAAAUUACAGGCCAUGCCUUAACGUUACUAAAUCAAACGGUAUCACAUGGUAUCCCAGUGCCCAAAAUACAUCACACCUCCCCAUCCAGCCCGACGCCUCAUGUACAAAACCCGGUCUAGUCCCUGUCAUACAUUCAUUCCAGACAUUUCCCAGUUGCCGUCAACAUCAUUACUUCAUUUCUGCUGGCGUGAGACCUUGCACCAUACUGGUGCCUUCGCUGAAGCGAGUGCGGAAAAUGCGGUUCGCGUUCUGGAACAUGCCGUCUUUCAGACUGACGACGAUGAACUGCGAUCCCUUGAAGCGUGUCUUGAUUAGACGACCGAUGUUCUGGGUAUGUGAGAGAUCCAGCGCGGCAUCAACUUCGUCAAGAAUGUACAUAGGGGCAGGCUUGAACUGGAGCAGAGCCAUGAUGAGAGACAGAGCAACCAGAGAUCUAAAACUCAAAGCAUUAGCCUUUGCAUGUUAGAAAUAGCCAGGGAUUGCAUACCUUUGUCCACCACUCAGUUCCGUCAAACUCUGCUUCCAUACUUUGCCAAGACAGACCUUGACCUCAAGACCAUCGCUAAUAGUCUUGCCCUCGGGAGGAUCGAGCUUGGCAAAGCUGCCUCCAGGAAGCAACUCGGAGAAGAUGUUACCAAAGUCACCGUUGACUUUCUCCCAUGUCUCGUGAAGGGCCUUCUUCUUGUAGUCAUCCAAGCUGACGAUCGUCUCCUCGAUCUUGCGCUUGUCCCUGAUGACAGUCUUGAUCAUGUGCUUGAGCGACACCUCCUUCUUCUCAACACUGUCGAUCAUGUUCAUGACCUUGGGGUUGAUCUUCUUCUUCAUGCCCUGGAAGCGCUCAGUCAAGUUGUGUAAUGUUGACUUGCACUCUCCAAUGUUGUGGUUCUUGAAGUCAUAUGGAGUUCCGCUGCGACCAAAUUUGUCCUUUUCGUCCGCAAUCCAGUCGAACUCCUUCUCGAGUCGGGCGACCUUUUCGGCAGCACCUUGUUGCUCCUUAUGAAACUUCUCUACAAGGUGACCAAGCUUCUGCAUUUCGAGACUCUCCUCAGCAAUGCGUGAGUUCUUGGAGCGAGUGGCAUCUUCCAAAGCUCGAAGCUCGUCAUCGAAUUGAUGCAGCUUGGCGCGUUCAUCAUCAAGCUCAGCCUGAACGGUGUCGUGCGUCUCCUGAAGUUCAGCCUUUUGCUUUGCUAGGUCUUCAAUGUCCUUCUGUUGGGCCUUGAUGGCGAUCUCAACUUCUUGCAACUGUUCUCGAGCAGCAGAUAAAUCGACACCCGCUUGCUCGGCGUCAAGCUGUGCACCCUGGAGUUCCUUUUGCAGAGUCUUUACGGCGGCCGCGUUCUUACCGAGGCCAGCUCGCAGCUUAUCAAGUGCCUUCUGCAGUUCGACGAGCUUGGCGUCCUUGUUGUUGUCGAAGUCAUUCAUAUCCUUCUCAAUGGUCUUAAUAUCGGCGGUUGCCUUAGCCUGUCGAGUCUUGGCCUCGGAUAUGCUCUCUUUGAGUUCUUGGAUGGUUGACUUCAUAUUCGCCACUUCCUGAAUGAUGGAAGACGAAGAGUUGCCCCUGAUCUGCUCCUCAGCAAGUUUGAUCUCGUGGCUCUUGAGAUCCAAGUCUUGCUUGAUUCUGCGAGCUUGAUCCAGCUUGGCCUUCUCCUUGGAUAUGCGGGCUUGGAGCUCUCUCAAAGCACCUUCGGCUUCGCUCAGUUGACGAGUCAGGCCGUUGAGCUUCUGGAGAAGCACCAGAACACCGCUCGAGUUUGGUGAGCUUCCGCCAGAUAGUGUACCAGAUGGAUCGUACGCAUCUCCUUCAAGAGUGAUACUCCUCAUGCGCACGUUCGGGUCGAACGUGACCCUCUUAGCAGUAUCUGCAUCAGCACAGAUCAGAGUAUUGCCAAAGACAUACUCCAUGGCUGCUGACACCUCGUGAUCGUAGCCAACUAAAGACAGUGCUAGAUCAACCUUGCCAGGUGCGAUCUUUUGAGCCGUAGCGAUGGUUUGUGCCGAAGCUUUGAAGGCAGCGAUCUUAUUGAGAGGAAUGAUAGUGACACGCUUUCGAAGCUUGCCCCUUUGUAGCAGCUGUGUACCUGUCACCUCAGUAUCAACUACGACAUUGUAUAGGCGUCCUCCAGCGCAGAUCUCCAGCGCAGUGCCGGCCUGAGUGUGCUCCUUGUCUAGAGAAAACAAUUGGGCGACAAGACCCUUGACCUUAGAACGGUCAAAGUUGGGCACAGGAUCCGCGUAGUUGAACUCUGUGUUGGCGACUUGACGCUUCAGCUUGUCAGAUUCUUGCCUCAAAUUGCGAAUGGUUUGUUGCAACUCUGACUCCCUCUUGAACAUCUGCUCUUCCUGACCAGGUUCGAAGCCCAAACGGCCAAGUUCUUUUUCCAACUUCUGGGCUUGUGUCUUCAGGCCUUCAAGAUCGUGCAGAAGAUCGGCGUUCUGCUCCUUGGCCUUUUUCGCACGAGGCUCUUCUUCCUUGAUACGCUUUUCCAAAUGCGCAAUCUUGAUCUUUGCUUGCUCUUGCUCUGUGGCUGCUGUCGUUGCACGAUUCUUUGCAUCUUGAAGUUGACCCUGGUAACCGUUCUCUUGGCCAUCCUUGGAGGCUACACCUGUCUGCAGAGUUUGAAGAAGUUCCUCCUUAGACUCGGCGUCUUUGUUUUGCUGUUCUAGAUCUUCCUUGGCGGCAUCGUACCGGGCUUUUGCGUUUUCGAAAGCGGCCGUCUUCUCCUGUAGGGUGGCUUCCAACUCUGAGACGGUCUUUUCAACAGCCACUUUCUUUUCUUCUUCCUCUGCCAAGCUGGACUUCUUCAGAUCGAGAAUAGUGGCUAGUCGCACAAGCUCAUUCGAGUGCUUCUUGGAUGCCUCCUCCAGUGCUGAAGCCUUGCCUCCUUUUCGAAGCUCCUUGUCUCGUUGAGCUCGCACUUUCUUGACAUCCUCCUCAAGAUGAGAAAUCUCACUCUUUAGUCGAGCUGCUGACUCCUCCAGAUCCCGCUGCCUUUGCUUCUUUCCUUCGAGGUCUGCCGCUGAUUGGCUUAGAGAGUCUUGGUAGCGCAGAUAAUCGUACGCAACAACCACUCGAGUCAGUCUCUCCAGGUCAUUUUGAGUCUGUUGAAAGUCCAGGAAAGCACGCUUUUCAGUUCGUAGUUUCUCCAAUUUGGGCUCAAUCUCGUCCUUGAGAAGCUCUCGAAGCUCGACUAGCUUCGUUUCCUUCUUGGCCAUUGUCUUGAGUGCCUUGUCUCGACGAUCCUCGAACAUUCUGGUUCCGGCAGCUUCCUCUAUCAUGGCCAAGAUCUCUACAGCCUUCAUAUUGAGGACUUUGGUGAUGCGACCUUGCAUAAUGAGGAAGUUGGGGCUGUUGAUGUUGAGCUGCACCGACUGGAAUAGGUUUUGGACUGUCUGUUGUUGAGCGCGGUGGCCGUUGAUGAGGUACUUGGAUGUUCCUCCAAGAACGAUCUGUCGUGUAACACUAAUAUUGGCAUAUUCUUCGAAACCGAUCGGCGACUUCUUGGUGUCUUGAUUGUUGAAUACGAUUGUGACGCUAGCUUUUGUGACACCAGCUUGACCGCGCUUAUAUAUCAGGUCCUGUGGUUGUCGUGAGUAUGUACUGAGGGUGGUUGAAUCGGCGGUGACUGGACUGACCUGGAGAUUUUGCGCCCGAACCGUUGACAUGUUUGUAAUUCCAAGAACGAAACAUAUCGCAUCGAGGAUGUUUGACUUCCCACUGCCGUUGAGACCGGUGAUCGAAUUGAAACUCUCGUCCCUGCAUACGUUGGUUAUGGUUCCUCGAAUGUUUUGAUGUUAGGCCUACCAAUUUGAGAUCACGGUACGCACGGCAUAAGACUUAAAGCCCUGUUAAAAAAAAAAAAAAAAAGUCAGAAUCGA